CCUUCGUGUCACAUCCAGCGUCCGAAUCGGUCCUCGAUUAUCCGCCCAGUGAUCAUGUCUUCGUGCUACUGUCGCCGUUGUCGGUGUUGACCCCCACUCGCGUUUACCAGCAUAGAUAUUGUACCGAUUGUCGUAGAUUAUCCGCCGCGAUGGGCCAUUCCACGUCGAAGGAGCCCAAAACCCCCAACAACCCGUGGGAAGCGGAAAUCGACCGUAAGAAGCGUCGCGAACAGCAUGCCAAGGAGCGAGCUGCCGAGCUGAAACAGCUGGAAAAGCAACGGAAACGGUCCGAGAAGGAAGCCAAACGGGCCCAGCGGAAGAACAACAAGAAGAAACGGAAAUCGAAACUCGAUCUGCUCAAGGACACCGAACCGCCGCCGAUCGUGCGCAAAUCGAAAGCACAGCUGGAGGAGAGUGACUACGACUCGGAAGCGAUCCGGCGGAUGAAGGAUCAGCUGGCGUUCAAUAGUGAUAUCUUCGUGCUUAAUCAGCUUCUGCUGGGGGUGCAGUUCUGCGGAAAUUUCGAAAGAGACAUGUGGGAUGCCGUGGAAAGGAACCGACGUGAAGAAAACAAUCGCAAUGGCAAUAUAUCCCGCCACUGCAAAACGGUCAUCCUGCCGGAUAGACUUCAGGACGCAGUUGAUCAAAGAGUCAAAUUUUUGGCCAAACACGGCCCUCAGAAGAACUCACUACAGUCGUUACAUACGCAAACCUGCUACGUCAUUCACGAAAACAUUGAAAUUUCAAAUCCUGGGGAGACUUCGGUCUACAGCAUCCUGACGGAUGCUCCGGUGUACAAACUGGAGCUGGAAGACGGAUUAGAUGAAAAAAUUAGAUCAUCCAGUAAACGAAGAAGCGCAAACGUCCAUUACGGAUAUGUGAAACUGAAAAGCGUAGAGUACAUCAAACCCAACAACCCAUCACCGCUGGAUGCCAUAGACCGAGCCAAUGCAGGCAUAUACGGGGAGUCCAGUGGAUUGAAAAGUAAUCUACCGAAGCAACAGAAUGGGAAGUCCAGUAGCACCAGCGACAGCGAUACUAUGGACGAGGAAGAUGAUGACGACGAUGACGAGAACAAUGCACCGAUAGUCAACUUUGGAAAACUCAAAUUUAGAGAUAGCAUAGCUAUGAAAUUGCCAAAAUUGGCAAAUGGAGGAGGAAUUUACGGGUCAAACUUUUUGCUCAAUCCUUCAACUUCUACGGGUUCCACGUCACCUCCGAGCAGCGAAUAUGAUUACGCGUACAUAACGGCAAUAAACACUCAUCAACCACUUAGCGUUAUGAAGAGUGUGAGUGAUGAUCAACCUGUCAGUACGACUGUGCUGCCGGAUUACUGCGUAACAACGAUCAACUGCUCUUCCGAAUUGAAUCAAGGGUACUACUCUGAUGAUGAAUCGGAUGCUGAUAAACUUUUAUACCUAGCUAAAAAUGGACUUCCAAUGAAGUCUAGUCAAACGGAAUACAUCACCGAACAAAAACAAUAUCUGAACUCAAAGGGAUUUUUGGCAUAUUUCAUAAACCUUUUCCAAGAGACCCUUGCAUACGACUUAGGAAUCAAAAAGGAUAGCCUAGACAAUGCCACCUGGAGAGGUGCCGUCAUUUACUGUGACCAAUGGGAAAUCAUCCCGGCAAUUGUUUGUCCUUGGCCUCGGGAAGCCGCGGAAUGGAUCGAACGUAAACGAGAAGUCAAAGUCAACCCUUUGACCAAACAAAAGUUCCAAUGGCCAACGGCACCGAUGAUUCAGAAAAUCAAAUCUUUCGGGUGUCACGUAAUUCCCACAGGGUAUGCCCCAAAAGUGGGCACCAAUCGUCAUCGUCAGCUGGAGUGGAAAAUCGUCUUUCCGGAAGCAGAACGCUACCUUGAAAGCUGCCUCACCAACACUCAAGUCAAGAUCUAUAUGCUCACCAAACUACUGCUGAAAACUUUUGUUGAUCCCACUCUCAUCACCAAUAUGAACAUGUUUGGCAACGAACAUCUGCGGGCACAUCUUUUCUGGCAGUGUGAAAGCAACUACGCUGCGUGGCCUGAGGACUACAUUGGAGAAGCUUUGCUUCGCUUUCUGAAUGGACUUUUGGAUCGCAUUAAAACUCACAAGCUUCCGGAUUUCUUCCUGCCCAGUCGAAACCUAUUCGAAAACAUCCCGGAGCGGGUGCUGGUGGAGUUGCACAAACGUAUAUUCCGGAUCACGGAGAACCCCGUCAUGCAUCUGAUGGUGGCCUUGAGGAACAUGAAACUGCCCGCCGGUCAGACGACAUUCUACCCGAAGCUGAAGAUUAAGCGAAUCUACUCGGUGAUGAUAAUCGAUAAUCCUUUGAAAAUUAUCAAUCCUCGCUUCCGAGAUGAGGAUGAAAAUUUGGCUGCUGAAGACUCCGCAACGGAAGAUCAAGAAAAGGAGGUUGCCGUCGGAUCGAUUGCGUACUUUAAUAAGCAGGAGGUUGAAUCCCGAAAGCAGAGAACGAGAAUCGUUCGAUUCAUGGAAGCCGAGAAGAGGAAGAUCGAGCAGCUGGAUGAGAGGAAGGCUUCGAUAGAUUCUAUUGAUUUGAUGUUCCGUUUUAAUUUUCAGUUCAAUCCACUGAAGCACAUGGAGAACCUGCGUCGACAGCUGAUCUACAACGUUUUCGUGCAACAUUUCAUCGAGAUGGCGCAAGUUUCGUACGUUUUCAGAUCGCUCAACCAAGGCCUAAUUUAUUUGAAACAGGCUGAGCGCCUGUGCAGCCUCCUCGCCGACGAUCAUGGCAUUGAAGAGUCCCGUCUAUUUCUAUCGAAGAUCUUCAGUCUCAGGAACGAAAUCCAAAAGGCGAUCAGCAACGGAUCUUACCGUCCUGCAUUACCGAAAAGAGCCAGCUCUUCGGUGCAGAGUCCCCAGCAGCGACGCUUGCGGAUGAAGUCAUCACCUAAGCCGGCUGGACGCAAAGGCCGCCCCUCGUACAGCAAUGUGAGUCCGGAUUCGUUUUCACCAGAGGACAGCCCUCGGCAAGUACCGGAAAGAGUUAGGAAACGUUCGCCACGCCAGGUGGCAACCACGGCGCAAGUUCACCAUGCGGCACGGAUAUCUCCACAGGCUUCGACGUCCGACGAGCAGGAGGACAUAUCGAUGCUUCUGGGGAACAUGACCAUCAGCGCAUGAAUGCUAUGAGCUAAGAUUUUGAAUUAUAUAACUGGCUUGAUUGAGUGAUUACAUACAUUUUUAGACCAACUUCUGUGAUAUCGAAAAUGCUUUGUGUUAUAUUGAAACACUUUUGAAUAGUUAUGAGAAGAUUUGUGCAGCUCUAAAUAAA